AUGAUUCCAAAGAGCAGGAUCAUAAUUGAUACUGACCUCGGUUUUGAUGAUGUUAUUGCCAUGCUUUUGGCUUUUAACGCCAACCCCGAGCAGAUCAAGGUCAUGUGGGUAUCUGUUGUACAUGGUAAUGUAGCUCUGUACGAAGGACGAUCUGAAGGUUUCGAAUUUAUAAAAUCUCAUAAGCCAAUCGUGGCUCUAGGAGCAGAUCGUCCACCACAAGACAAGAUUGCCAAAGCUGAACACAUCCAUGGGUUGCACAAUGUGCAUAAUACGUAUCCUCAUCUGGCGCCUUCGGAUGCCUCGAGUGACCUUUUUGAUGGCCACACAUAUGACUUGGUCGACGAUGCAACCUAUUCGCCCUUUUUUACGGCAUCCAAGGCGCCUGCUUACAAGGAGAUGCUCCGCACCCUGAAAGAGAACCCUCCUGAUACCAUCAGUAUCCUGGCCAUGGGUCCACUAACCAAUGUAGCUCUUGCAGCUGCCGAAGAUCCUGAGACCUUCCUCAGGGUGAAAGAAGUUGUCGUUAUGGGCGGUUCUAUAAAUGUUCCAGGCAACGUAACACCAGUCGCUGAGUUCAACACGUACGCUGAUAGAGUUGCGGCGGCUCGACUCUAUGCACUUACAUCGCUGAUGCCCGCUUCCACCAUGCCACCAGCAUCCAAGAACUUUGCCAAUCUGCCAGCUUAUCCAGCUAAACUUAGUCGGCGCUUGAAGCUGACGCUCCUCCCACUGGAUAUCACCACCAGGCACACUAUCUCUAGAAGCGUUCUCAACCAGCGUAUCAAGCCUUUCAUCAACGCCGGCAGUCCGCUUGCUUUGUGGAUCGCUCAUUGUCUUAACGGAGCGAUAGACGGUGUCGCGGAUAUGGUUGGUGAUAGCGUGGACGCAGGUUUCUCAUUAUAUGAUGUGUGUACGGUCUGGUACGCCAUGACGCCAAAUGAUCCAGCAUGGGAAAUACCUGAUACACCAGAGGAUAUUCGUAUCGAAACAACCGGUCAAUGGACUAAAGGCAUGCAUAUCAUCGACAGUCGAAACAGGUCUCGCCAAGGCCAAGCAGUUUUAGCUGGCAGUGCGUCUAAACUUGUAGAUGAAGGCGAUUUUAUCACAGUGGAAGAAGGAAUAGGAGACCCAAUGGGAUGGUUGAGCCAUACGAGAGGCAAUAGGCUUAACCGAAUCACUUCUUCGCCAGCCGGAGGUGUCUUUGACAUAUGGAUGGAAAAGGUUCUUGAGGGUUAAGCGGGAUGCUUAGCCUAUGUAAUGCAUCUAAACUAAGACAAUUAUGCCAGUCGGAAUGUCAGUGAAGGUUGGUCGAAUGGAUGAAACAGAUGUAAACAGUGUGACAACAAGAACAGAGCAGCAUUUGGGAAACUGUGGUCAUGACAACACGCAAUG